AUUUUCUUUCGCUACCAGUUUGUCUUCCAUUCCCGCCUGUGAUUGUGCUCGUCCGAGAACAAUGAGCUCGCGCAGCCGCGAACAAUACAGCCUUUGGUUGACGGGUCUUUGCUUCCAUUCUGUAUCCUCCUUUGUUUCUCCACGGUCGCCUCGGCCGCUCGCCUCGAGCGCCUGAAAUACCCCUCGCUUGGCCCCAUUUUCGCAUGGAAUCCCACCCACCUGAUCACCAAGAUCCAUCCAUACAUACAUUCUUUCCGCCCAACCAACCAACCAUAGGCUGGAAACACCACAUCCCGCAUUUUGACCGCCACUCUCCAGCGAGGCAACCUGACUUCUUCCCCCACCACUGAGUGCACACAACGCGUCUCGCCAGUCGAUGCGGAAACGACCGCAGCAGCCGCCAUCAUGAAGUCGGCCGUGAGCUCCCCGAGCGCGCAGGCCGCGUUCGUCAACUGGCUGAACCUCUUCCCCCUCGACUCAAAGGUGACCAGCGUCGACGAGCUCAGCGAUGGCCUGGUCCUGGCCAAGAUCCUGGAGGACAUGGAUGGCAGCUUCACGGCCGACGAGCUCAACCAAAACGCCUCUACAUGGCUGGAGAAGAAGGCCAACCUCGAGAUCGUCUUCCGGAACCUAGACAAGUACACAUGCCAAGACCCCGACUCGGACCUCGACUGGCUGUCCCGCUCCUACAAACCCAAGGAGAUCGCACACUCGCCCGACACCGACGCCCUCUGCGAGGCCCUGGCCGUCUUCGUCUGCGUCGCCAUGGCCGGCCCGAACCGCCAGCGCUACAUCGGCGCCAUCCAGGCCAAGCUGGGGCCCAAGUACCAGAGCGAGCUGGCCACCGUCUUCCGCGUCAAGCAGAACCAGCUGGAACGCCUGAACGCCGAGGAGCAGCAGGCCUCCAAGUCGCGCGACCGCGAGCUUGAGCUGGAGGAGGAGGCUGCCAGGCUUCGUGCCGAAGUCGAAGCCGUCAAGAACCGGUAUGCCGACGUGCUCACACGCCUGGAGCGGCUGAAUCUGUCCUACGGAGACCUCAAGGAGGACAACGAUAAGCUCCGUUCCGAGAUCGAGGAGUCACGCAAACACACCAGCGGCAACACCGAAGGUAUCAUCGCCAAGCUGGAGGAGAGGCUGCGCGAGAGCGAGGAGAUCAUCUCGCGGCAGGAGUCGCAGAUCGAGGAGGAAAACCUGGCCAAGAUGCGCCUCAACAGCGAACUCGCUCAGCUGAGGAAACAGACAGAGAACUUGACGGUGCUGCAGGACCAGGUCCACGAGCUGAAGCAGACGAACCAGGAGCUCUCCAAAAAGGCCAAUGCCGCGGAGCGCUACAAGCAGAAGCUCGAGAGCCAGCACGGCAUCGAGAACGAGCUGAAGAACCUCCAGUACGAGCUGGACGAGGCCCGCAAGGACCAAGGAGGCUACCAGACGCUCAAGGCACAGGUGGAGGCCCAGUCGACCUCGAUCGGCGCCUACCGCCGCAUGCAGGAGGAGACGGAACUUCACCUGAACGAGCUUAGGACGCAGAAAAACCAGUUCGCCGAGCUCCUUGCCAGCAAAACGCAAGAGCUCGACCGCGUGACGGCCCAAAGUGCCCUCUACGAGCGCAUGAUCGAGGAGCAGCGCGAGCAGAUCACGUCCAACGGCGUCGUGCGCCGGUCGCGGUCGCCCAGCCCGGAGCCGACGUCGGCCAAGGCUCGCGACGAUUCGGCCAUGGUCAGCAUGAAGCUCGAGGUCUCCAAGCUCAAGGCCGAGAACGCCAUGCUGCUCAAUGGUAGGGGCUUCACCGCCACCAACGACCAGCUCCGGUCCGACUUGGAGCACUCGAAGCGCAACGCGACAGAGCUCACCCAGAUGCUCCACGAGCUGCGCGCGCAGCACGUCGCCUCGACACAUACGCUCGAGGGCUUGAUGAACAACAUGACGUCAGAAGACACCGAGGCGUACAGGGAGCUUUACCGGUCACAGAUGCAGGCACAGAAAGAGCUCGAGGAGGAGAAGCGCCGGUCUCGCAAGAUGGAAGCCGAGCUCCGGGACGCCAAUCGCGAACUCCUGCAACUGCGGACCGACUACAAGGUGGUCACCAACGAUUCCAUCGACGCCGUGCAGGAGCUCAAGAAGACCCACGAGCUCGUCUCGCAGUCGCUCCAAGGCGACCUCGAGAGCCUCCGCAAGGACUACGAGCGCCUCGAGGUCGAAGUCAAGGAGCGGAGACAGCAGGUGAUGGACAAUCUUCUCAAGUCGGAGGGGCUCCGCGAGCAGAACGAAAAGCUGCGCGAAAGGGCCAGCCGCAUCGUCGAUGCUGCCGCCCAAGAAGAGGCCAACGCCAGCAACCCCGCCGCGAACCAGAAGCUCGACGACACAAACAAGAAGUACGAGAGGCUCAAGGCCGCGUCGCAGAGCUUGAAGGAGCAACUGCAAAAGGCAGACCAGGAACGAUACGACCUGCAGCGGCGGCUCCGGACGAUGGAGCAGGGUGGUGCUUAUGCUGCACUCAAGGCCGCGAACGACCAGACUAUAAAGAAUUUGCAACGCGAGAACGCAAUGAUAUCAACGGCCUGGUACGACCUUACCAGCCGCUUGCAAAGCAACCACGUCGUUCUUCAACGUCGUCAGGACACUCCGAAGACAUGGAUCGGCAAAUCGAGGCAAAUGGUCAACAACGCAACCCCAAGAAGGUAGGAGCUUCAAGGCUUGUAGGUUUGCUUGAACUCUCUGCUGCAGCCCUCCUUCGGCCACGUGGUUACGCUACUGCUCAGAUCCCUCGCUUCCCGGCUCCUCGACCUCCAAGUCGGGAUCGCAACCCGUUAUGACUUGGACGGCGACCGCUUCGUCCCACUCUUUAUCAUCGUCUAGCCCACCGCCACCGGGCCACGACGGAGAAAUACCAAACAGCAGCAGCAGCACCCAGCCCAGUUUUCGUUUUUAUUCUAUACACAUUUCUUAUCAUCUCUCUCGGCUUUCUUUUGUGGUUCUUUUCCUGGAUACCCCCCGUAUAUGUCGGGACCCUGGCGCCAUCGUCGCUCCUGGCCAUAUCUAUAUUCGUGCUAUUUCUUUCCCUUCACCUGUUCGCCUCGGCGGGCGGUCUAUUGUACGUCUGUGCCGUCACGCACGUCUUUUUCCUCUUGCUUCCGGGCCUCAUCAGCAUCUCGCGCGAUUUCCUCUCUUGGCUGUCCAUCAUCAUCUUUCAGAGCCAGCUCUUUGUGAUCGAGGAUCGGUUUUCUCGUUUGGCAUCAUCGUCUCCUUUGUCAUCGUCUUUAUCAUCAUCACCAUCAUCGCCACGGCGACGAGGGCGAGGAGGGCCCUCGGGCCUCGCCCUGGCGAUGCUGUGGCAGCCGGGGGUCCUGGUGUUUUUGCUUUCUGUCGCGUACAGUCUCGGGGUCAUGCUGCUAUCUGCUUUCUUUUUGGUUUUCUCGUCGUGGACUACAUAAGGGCGGCUAUAAGGGGGCUCUGCGCGGAGUAGGGGACAGGUUGGUCGUCUGAAUUAUCAUGACGGGUCGUUUGGAUACAACGACAAGGUUGGGUGAGGUUUUUUUUUCUCAAACUUAUAUAUUCGGCAACAAUCAAAUUCUUCUUUCGUUGUUCCGACAACUCGCUGCUUGCAAAGACAAGACGAUGUAUCGAGUGCCAGGAUCUGCACCGCAUC